UUGAUGAAUGAAAGAAAAUUAAUAUAACUAUAUUAUUGACAGAACCACAAAAUCUAUAUAUAUAUAUGAAUUCUAGUUGUCUUUUGGUUAUGGUGUUCAUCAUUAUUUUUAAUACGUGAUCCUCGUGAUGUUCUUACAUGUGGAACAUAUUAUAGUUUAAUAAUUGGGUCGUCGAAUGUUUCUACACUUUUACUAACAGCUGCAUCUAUUGAUCGUUUUGUUAUUGUUGUUUAUCCUAGUCAUUAUUCAACAUUUGUAACACGAACCAAAGCAUUAAUUAAAAUAUUAUGUAUUAUAAUAUUUGUUUCACUUCUUAUUAUUCAAUAUCAUUUUUCAUUUUAUUUUUCUUAUUCAUAUCAUGUUUGUGAAUAUUAUUCAUAUGCUCAAUUAUGGCAUGGUAAAAUUUGGCCUCUUAUACGUGUUAGUCUUUUAGCAUUUAUACCAUGUAUAGUAAUAUGUGUAUGUUCAAUGGUUAUUUUAAGAAAUCGUUUUUAUCGUCGUCCAUCAACAACAAGUGAAACAACAGGUACAAGACAUAUGCGUACAGCUUCACUUUUACUUGUUAUCUAUUCAAUAUAUUAUACAUUAAGUGUUAUACCAAUGAAUAUUCUUCAAUUUUUUUAUUCAUAUUUUCUUAAUGAUGAUAUUAAUAUAACAGAAACAUCGAAAAUUGAUUGUGUUAAAUUUGCUCAAUGGAAAAUGUUAAUGAAAUUUUGUUUACUUUUAAUGGCAAUAAAUUAUUCAAAUAAAUUUAUUGUUCAUUAUCUUAUAUCAAUGCAAUUUCGUCGAGAUGUUUGGAAUUUAUUAUCAAAAUGUACAUGUACUUCAGAAAGUAUUGUAACAAUCAGAAGAAAGAUGCGUAUGGUAUUUUUUGUCGUUUUUAUCAUCAUUUAUAUACAAGUUAAUACGAUCUUCUGUGAAUCAGAAUUUGGAACUAUUUUUCCAAUACCAUUGCUUACAUCAAAUGAUGAUCCUAAUUUUCAACAAUGUCCAGUCGAAAGUGGAGCAUAUCCACAUACAACUAAUUGUUCACUUUUUCAUAUGUGUACAUUCGGUAUUUUAACAACUUAUUCUUGUAUUGACCAAUUCUUUUUCAAUCCAACUACUGGUAAAUGUCAAUAUUUAUCAACUGAAAAAGAUACAACAUGUACUCAAAUUAUUAAGAAAAUGACGGAUAAUGAUCUAUUUUCAUCUGCAGAAUCAGUUAAAGGUUAUGAUUAUUAUCAUCGUCGAAAAUCUGAAAAAUCAGAAUGUACUCAAAAUGGAAUCUAUCCAGAUGUACUUGAUUGUGCAUUGUUUCAUUAUUGUCAUCGAAAUAAACAACAUGAAAUAUUCAAAUGUCCCGAUGGACUUCAUUUUGAUCCAAAAAUAUUUAUGUGUUCACCUCCUCAAUUAGUCAACUGUCAAUAUGAACCACCACUAGAAGUAGAAAUAACCGAAGAUACAAUUGAUAGUACUUCAACACUUACAUCAAAUACAAUCUGUAAUGAUUAUGCUCCUGGUACACAUCUACCUAUAGCAAAUAGAUUUGAUGCAUUUAUAAUAUGUGAAAAUGAUGGUAAAAAUACACUUAUACAAUGUAAACCAGGUCUACGAUACAAUGCAUUAACAACUAAUUGUGAAAUAAAACCAUGUGAAGUCAAUUCAGCUUUAUGUAAGAAUAAUGGUCAUUGCAUCGAUGAACCAACAGAUAUAAAAGGUUUUCAAUGUAUAUGUUCAGAUGGAUACCAAGGAGAAUAUUGCGAUACACCUGUUGAAAUUAUAGAAACAAUUACAAAUACAAUAGAUACAACAACACUAGAUCAACCUCAACUUACUAAUCGUCCUACAGAAUUGAUAACAUCAACUAUUCCGGCAAUGACAAAUGAAGACUUCGUACCAAAAUCAAUAUCUUUUAGUGAUCUACAUAAUGACGAGAAAAAUAAUGUUAUUGAAGAUUUAUCAACUAUUAAUUCACCAUUUACACGCAUAUUUCAUCGUUUAAGUAAUAAAGUUGAUCAUCAACAACAACUUACUGAAAUUAUACAAAUCGUAUUUAUUACUGUGAUGACUUUAAUUGGUCUUAUUCUUUUAGGCUCAAUAAUCUUUGGUAUAACUGUUUGUAUUCGUAUGAUAAUUUCUCGAAAUGUAGACAAUGUCGGUACUUGGAAAAUAUUAACAGAAGAAUCAAAAGUUUAA